UCGCGUUCAGUGUACGGGAGCCAUUAUAAGAAAAUUUCUUUGCUGUCCAGUAGCAGUAUUACAUUUAUGAUAAAUAGCAACUAUUGUCAUGAGAUUUUAAGGCAAUCAUUACGAAGAGAAAACAAAUUCAUCUACGAAAUAAUGGGAAUUGUUUAUGCGAAGGAACCCAGUAAGCCUACAGAUUUAGGCCAGUCAUCUAAAAAAAAUGUCUCUAUAAAUGAGCCUAAUAAAUCAACUGAUACAAUAGAUGAUCUUCAAGCAGUCUUUAAUAGUAAAUCUCACUUAUAUGAAAAAGAAGAAAAUAUGCAAGCAAAACCUAUUGAUCUACAUGGAAUGAAAGCGCGAGUUGAUAAGAUACACGUGGAUGGUCUUAUGAGGACAAAAGAUGAUAUAAUCAAGUCACAAGUGAUGGACUUAUUUAAAGCCAAAGAUUUUCAGGAUGUUAUUAUACGUGCUUAUAAAGUGCAAGAGAAACUGGAAGCUUUAGGAUGCUUUAGACGCAUUGGAAUUCACAUUGACACCAGUCAAGGUCCUGAAGCCACUCCUGAUGGUGUCGAAGUCACCUUUAAAGUACGUGAAAUGAGACGCUUAGUUGGUGGCAUUAACACAAUGGUUGGAAACAAUGAGGGAUCUUUAAUUGUCAGUGCAAAAGCACCAAAUCUGUUUGGGAGAGGAGAACGCAUUCAAAUGGAGUAUUCUUACGGUACUAAAAAUUCCAUUAAUUUCAACAUAUCUGCUUUUAAACCGUUCCCACGAAGCUUGUAUAAUGCAGCAUUAACUAGCACUAUAUUUAACACCACGAAUGAUUUCCCAUGGUCUGGUUUUAAACAAAACGACAAAGGAUUACUUUUUGAUUUGGAAUUAAAUCCAACUGGCAUAUCUAGGCAUAACAUACAAUACGAAGCUGCAUUUAGAAAUAUAACCUGUUUAAAACAAGCGGACUUUCGUGUUCGGGAACAAUGUGGACCAAAUCUGAAAUCUGCCUUAAGGUAUAUUUGGACAAUAGAUAAAAGAGAUUCUGCUAUAUUUCCUGUUACUGGGAGCUUUAUGCGAUUAACAACAGAGAUGGCAGGACUGGGUGGCGAUAUAGGUUUCUUAAAAAAUGAACUUGCUAUGCAGACUAACUGGUCACCACAUAAGUAUCUUACAUUUCAGCUAGGUUUUCAGUCUGGGUUAUUGAGCGCAAUUAGUAAUGACAUGAAAAUAAAUAUUGCCGACCAAUUCUUUCUCGGUGGUCCACUGAAUCUCCGAGGUUUCGCUAUAAGAGGUUGUGGUCCUCGUUAUAAUGGAAAUUCUAUAGGCGGUGGAAUAUAUUGGGCAGCUGCUCUUCAUGUGUAUACGCCACUUCCAUUUAGACCUGGUCGUAACAGCUUUGGAGAUUUGUUUAGGUUACAUGGUUUUGUGAAUGGCGGCAAUCUGUCUAAUUUGUUCUUUACAAACGGUAAUAUCUACAAACAAAAUGUGAAGAUUUUCACGGAGAAUAUUCGCUGUACCAUUGGUGGAGGUCUUGCGAUGAAAUUAGGAAACAUAGCCCGCAUAGAAUUGAAUCUAGUUACACCACUAAUGUUUAUGAGGAGCGACGUGCUCCAACAAUUUCAAUUUGGUAUUGGUAUGCAAUACCUUUAAACAUUUCUUACGUUCCAGUAGUCCACGUGUCUUUUAUUAUUCCUUAUAUAAUUGAUUGAGUGAGAUAAUAGAAAGAUUAUAUAAAUUUGUUUCUGUUAUUGUUACUACCUAUAAUAACACAACAAUGAUACUAUAAAUGUAAAAUAUUUGCAAUAAAGUCAAAUACAAUCUA